UCGAAGAGUGAAGGUUGUAUCGUUCAAUAAUCGUCCAAUAAUGUUAAUCAAUUGGCUUUGCAUGUCUCUUCUGAUCCUAAUAGUUCAGGAUGUCACUGCAGAUAUCGAUUAUAAAGAUGUAUCCAAAUUUGAUAUGAUAUACUACGAUCCAAAUACGCAGUUGGGAUUGAAGGGCGAACUGGAAGGCGGUCGCAACCCUUUACCUAGAAUUGCUUUUCACGGCAUAGGAUGCAAUUGCGGAAAUCUUACAUGCGGCUGUUGUGGUGGUAUCAAUAUAACCACCUUUAAUUUUGAUCGUCAAGCAUGCACCAAUUUCACUUAUAUUCCUCAAGAUUUUGCCAUCAAAUUUAAAUUUAUAAUAAACGAGAAUGUACUUACCAUAGGUACUAUAUCUGCUAAAAAUCCGCCACCACUGUGCAUGCCUAUCUAUGUUCCUUUUAUAUCCAUCUGCGUGCGCUUCUUCGACAUCCACACUUCCGGAAGAAACUUACACGCGUGUAUCGAUUUCGAGACGCGUGUGGUGAAUUGGCCGAUCCUAGUCUUGCACUUCGAUUGUGUAAAGCUCGGCGAGGACGGGAUCUCUUGGAUAAAACCUGAAAAUGCCAAUAAUGUUCUCCAAGUGGCAAAACCAGAAAUAGCAGAAUCGAACGGGCCGGAAGUGUUUGACGACGUGAACUUCGAAUCAGAUCCUACCGAGCUACCAAGCAAUCAAACUUUGACGCUCGAAGGGGAAGAUCACAUUGGCCAAUUAAAGUUAUGAUAUUUGUGUACAUAAUUAUAUAUAUAUUAUUUAUUAUUAUUC